GACCCUCGCUCAACCUCGAGCAUCCAUCGUAGGAACCGCCUCUCGAAUCAGAUUCUUCUCGAAUAAUUUUUUCUUCCAUUUCCCUUUCCAUUUCUUAGUUUUGAUUUUAGUGUAUGGCGUCAGAGAAGGGACAAGAGGUUGAUCCCAAUCAAAUUGUGUUUAAUCAAAGACAACUCAGCCUUAAGUCGAUCACCAACCUCUUUGAUUUUUGGGGCGAGAGAAUUUUUUUUAUUUUUGCGUUUUUUUCGACAAUGUCCAUGAAGCCAGUCAGUCGUAAGCAAGCAGGACAAGCACACAAGCAAGCACACAAGCACACGCGCAAAACAAGCUCAGCUGGACGGCGGGGUAAGCAAGUGGGCUGUGGGAAGUUUUUCGUGUUUGAUUGAAAAGGAGUACGAAGCCAAUCAUCGCGUGGAGAAUAAAUCGAGGGGCUGGACGCGGUUACAUGGCAUUGAUGGACGGAUGAGUGGGCAGAGGGAUUGGGAUGCUAUACGAUACCUAGGUACUCUACAAGAAGAGAAGAAGAGAGAGGGAGAGUGAGUGCAGACCUCACAAUCAAAAAGAUCAAGGAAGAACGAUGGAUGUAAUGUAUGCAAUGUGUUCAGCGGUGCAAUAUCAAAUCUCCCAUGUCGUCA